AUGACGGGUGUAUUGGACUACCUGAAACAAGACGAGGUUCUUAUAUUCUUCGACAACUUAUAUCCCAGAUGGCUUGCCAAAUUGGCUUACACGAGAAGUUUGGGUUAUAUUGUAAGGAAGCUCAAUCCCCCUGUGUACGACUCAAAAGUGAAAGAAAUGGUGGUGGGCCUCGUGAACAAUGAUAGCACCCCUUUGCCUGCGGGCGCCAGGUGUGAGAGUUUCGUUCCUUUGAAACGUGAUGGAGGUGCCUUUGUCAAGUUCUUGGUGCCCCCGAACUCGAACCCAAAAGAUCUUGUGGCGACGAUUGAAAAAAACCUAGAAUCUGUGGCUCUGGGAUCUUCUUUGGUCUCGUACUGGAAAUUCGUUAGUCGUUUUCCAAAAGCUCUGCAAGUUAAAGGCACGCCAUGGAUCGAGGAUUUGAGUCGGUUUCCUUCCCGCAAGCUCAAAGUGAUAUUCCAGGGUGACUCUCUCACCGAGGAAGAAUUGUACCAGUUGUUCAGAAGAUAUGGUCCUAUAGUGGACAUCAUUCCCUCAUCUAGUUCUGUUCCCCAUGCGACGGUCUUGUUCAAGUCAACGGACCCUUGUGUCAGAGCCAAAAACUGUGUCACUGGGUUGAAGCUCAAUGAAGGCAAAACCACUUUGCACUUGCAGUACAUCCCAAUAUUACGUGCAAACCACAUCAGCGCAUUCAUUGCCAGUCAUCAGAAGAUUGCCAUUCCUGUGAUCUUGGCCUUGUUGGCCACUAUUGCGGUGUUGAUUUUCGAGCCCAUUAGACAGUACUUCAUCCUGAUGAAGAUCAGACACUACUAUAGCUGGGAAGCACACAAGGACAAGUGGUAUAUCCGUGCAUUAUACAUUCCGUAUAGUAUGAUUGCAUCGAGCUUGAGCGACAGCAGACACUUCAUUGACAACUCUUUGAAUACCAUAACUGGCGGUCUGAAAAAGGAGGUCAAUGUCGACGAUUUGGAAUCGGACAUGUUCUGGACAGAGCGUUUGGAGAAGGCUAACCAGCUCCGGCUUUGGGUCUGUGAAAACGCAAACACUUUUAUCAUAGUCAAAGGCCCCAAAGGCUCUGCUGAACGGGAAUUUGUCAUUGAACACGCAUUGAACAUCGAUGACACUUUCAAGAAGCGUCUCUUAGAAAUCGAUUGCGCAAGCUUGAUCAAGACGAGGAGCGAUAAAUCUUUCCUCAAGACUGCGGCAGCACAAUUGGGUUAUUUUCCAUUGUUCACCUGGACAAAUUCUGUUUCUCAAUUCGUCGAUCUCGGCUUGCAGGGAUUGACGGGGCAAAAGUCUGGUCUAAGUGAAUCUAAGGAGACGCAAUAUAAGAACAUGUUACUGUUGGCGCUGGUGGCCAUAAGAAAUGUUGCCUUGAGUGAUUUUUCUGCUUACAAGAAUGAAGUUGAGCGUCAAUACAAAAUGAAAUCGCAAGGCCUGGAUGUGGAACCGAACUUUGCCGCUGCUAGAGAAGAAGAUUAUCUACAAAUGCAUCCUGAAGUGAAACCGGUGAUUGUCAUUAACAAUUUCUUAAGGAAAUCAGACAGUCCACAAGACUUUAUGUACAAGGCUCUUGCAGAUUGGGCUGGUCAAUUGAUCCAAAGCAACUCAGCUCAUGUGAUUUUUAUCACUCAGGAUUCUGGGAGCACUCUGCAUUUGACAUCAGCGCUUCCAAAUCAAGUAUUUAAGACGAUUACUUUGGAUGAUGCUUCCAAUUCAAGUGCUAAACAGUAUGUCCUAAGACAACUACGUGACACCACUGCAACAAAAAACAUUGACUCGUGUCUUGAGCCUCUUGGUGGGCGUAUGCUCGAUUUGCAGGCGUUCGUGAGACGCGUUAAGUCUGGCGAAGAACCGGUAGAUGCUUUAAAUGAAAUGAUACAUCAAGCAUCUGAGCAAAUUACAACGUUUUUCUUGAACAAAUCGCCGGAUAAUUCAGAUUCAGAGAUUCCCUGGAAUACUGCUCAGCUCUGGGCACUCAUUAGGGCACUCGCAAGAAACAACACUAUUGAAAUGAACGAAUUGGUCAAGUCUCCCUUGUUUUCUUUGAACACAGAUACCGUCGCUACUUUGGCUGUAUUGGAGAAGAACGAUUUGAUUUCCUUGAAACGCGAUAAAGGAAUCGUUAAAAAAAUUACCACUGGGCGUCCUUUAUUCAAAGCAGCUUUCAAAGACUUAGUCGAAGACAAAGAAGUGUUCAAACUCUAUGAGACUUUCUUUUUCUCGCAGUUGAUCUCUUUGGAGAAUAACAAGAUUUCGAAGUUGGAGGACCAGAUCUCCAAACUUGCCAGCACCAGCGACUUCAAAUUUAUGAAAGAGAGAAUUGACUACUUGAGCGGUAAAGUGAAUGCCUCAACCUUAAAGGUUCAAGAAUACGAGUCAAACGUCAAGGAAAUAUCAGCCAUGGGAACGACAAAGAAGGCGUCUUCUUUCUUCGGGUUUUGA